UGCUGCUGCUGCUGCUGCUGUGCGUUGCUGUGCCUGUGUGGCUGGAGGGCUUGGCGGGGAGGAGGGAGGGGGAGAGGGAGAGGGAGCGCGCGCUCCCCGCCUUUGGCUCCCCUCCCUUUGGCCUCGUGAGGAGGAUGAGGAGAAGGCGCCCGGCGGCUGGAGCGCACGAGCCCACAGAGGUGGCGGCAGAGGCAGAGGCAGAGGCAGCAGCAGCAGCAGCAAGGGGAGUAGCAGUGGGAGCCAGCCACGGAGGGGCAUGGAGAGCCUGGUGAGCCCUCCCCUCGCCACCUUCUGAAGGAAAAAAAGGCGCCAGGAGGAAAGCCCUCGAAGAGGAGGAGGGGGAGGAAAGGGGCCACCUUGGGGCUCACCCACCCCUCCUUUGCCUGCCUUGGCCACUCCACCUUUUCCCCGCCAUGAGCCAGGCUGUGCCCUGCAGCCUUUGAGGAGACCUUGCCCCUGAGGAGAAGGCGACGACGCAGCCUCGGUUGCCAAGGUGACGAGAACUAUUCAUCAUGGCCCAAGGAUCCAGUGACAUGGAAACCACUGAUCAAGAGGAGAGCUCUCCAAACAUGAUUGUUUAUCGAAAGAUAGAAGAUAUCAUUACAAGGAUGCAAGAUGACAAAGCUGGUGGAGUGCCCAUCCGAACAGUCAAGAGCUUCUUGACAAAAAUCCCCAGUGUUGUCACAGGGGCUGACAUAGUGCAAUGGAUCAUGAAGAAUCUCAACGUUGAAGAUCCAGCUGAAGCAAUACACAUGGGCAGCCUCGUCGCAGCACAGGGAUAUAUUUUUCCAAUCUCAGAUCAUGUGCUUACUUUGAAAGAUGAUGGUACUUUCUUUCGUUUUCAGGCUCCAUACUUUUGGCCUUCAAAUUGUUGGGAGCCAGAAAACACAGACUAUGCUAUCUAUCUUUGCAAGAGGACCAUGCAGAACAAAGCUAGACUGGAGCUGGCAGAUUAUGAAGCCGAGAAUUUAGCAAGACUACAGAGGGCUUUUGCAAGAAAGUGGGAAUUCAUCUUUAUGCAAGCUGAAGCACAAGUAAAAAUUGACAGGAAAAAGGAUAAAACGGAAAGGAAAAUUUUGGAUAGUCAAGAAAGAGCCUUCUGGGAUGUUCAUAGGCCAGUGCCAGGCUGUGUGAAUACAACAGAAAUGGACAUCAGAAAGUGCCGACGCAUGAAAAAUCCACAGAGAGUCAAAAAGUCAGUUUAUGGAGUCACAGAAGAUAGUCAGUCCCAAAGCCCUGUACAUAUGCCCUCCCAACCAGUUCGAAAAACAACAAAAGAUGAUGUCCGGAAACAAAUAACAUUCCUGAAUGUGCAGAUAGACAGACACUGUUUAAAAAUGUCUAAAGUAGCAGAAAGUUUAAUUACUUACUCAGAUCAGUAUAUUGACUAUGAUCCUUUUAUAACUCCUGCGGAACCUUCCAAUCCCUGGAUAAAUGAUGACACUGUGUUUUGGGACUUAGAAACAAGCAAAGAGCCUUCUCAGCAUCGCGUCAAAAGAUGGGGUUUCUCUAUAGAUGAAGUCUUGAAAGAUCCAGUGGGCCGUGACCAGUUUCUUCGGUUUUUGGAAUCAGAAUUCAGUUCUGAAAACCUCAGGUUUUGGCUGGCUGUCCAAGAUCUCAAAAAACAACCAUUGCAAGAUGUAGUUAACCGAGUGGAAGAGAUCUGGCAAGAGUUCCUAGCUCCUGGGGCCCAGAGUGCUAUUAAUCUGGAUUCUCACAGCUAUGAGAUAACAAGCCAAAACGUCAAAGACCCAGGGAGGUACACAUAUGAAGAUGCACAGGAACAUAUUUACAAGCUGAUGAAGAGUGACAGCUAUGCACGUUUUCUUCGUUCUAAUGCUUACCAAGACUUGUUGCUGGCAAAGAAGAAGCCGGAGAGUGGGCAAGGUCGUAGAACUUCUCUAGAAAAGUUUACUCGCAGUGUGGUAAGUUCAUUUGGCUUUUUUGGUUAUGUUUCUUCUUUUUUUUCCCCUUCCUUGCUUCAGCAUCCUCCUUUCUUUCAAAAGAUUUUCAUUUAAUUUUUUAAGCAACAACAAUUUAGUUAUACCAUAUUUAAGUCAUUGUAAUGCAAUGAAAAGAUAGAAUUUAAUGAGAUAUAUUUUUGACUAAGCUCCAUGUUCUGUCCAAUGUGGAUGAUCUCAUCACAUCUAGAAGAUGUUCGAUAGGUUUCAAUGCACCUAUAUUCUCCCACAUUUCUGCCUGGUACACCAAUAGGGACAGUUAGGUUGUUAGGCCAUUUCGAGAACAAAGAGUGCAUCCAGGUAGCCCUUUAAUCCAAGAACAUUUGUGUUUUUAAAACACUAAUGUUCCCAGAUCGUAGUCUACACACAACCCAGAAAGCUUAUGCUUUCUGGGACAGGUGUCCAGAUGUGCUCCCAGAACUUUUCAGGAGAACACCUGGACACUCUAAUCCCCUCCCCAAAACCCCUUUUAAAAAUAAAAGAACUUACCUGGCCUCCAUUUGCGUGGUACCAGAGCUCUCCUGGCGCGUAGGAAUGACAUGCCAGAGAAGGGGAGGCAGGAGCGAUUUUCCAAGGAUGCUUUCACCCCAUCUAAUGGAUGGAGCUCCACACUGGCCAUGACAUGAUGUUGUGUGGCUGCCAGCAGAGGCCCUGCCCUCAACCAGAGUGAAAGCAUUGCUGAACACUUUCCCCCCAACACAGGAGUCCUCACCGGAGAGCAACACUUCCCUCAUGUGAUGGGGAAAGUAUUGGAGGGAGAUGCUAUGAGUGGGGUGGCAGAUUCACCCAGCUGUUCCUCUCUUUUUUCACAGAUGACAGGCAAAACGGGAUGCUUUGCCUGACUUUUGUAACUAGACUGGACUUCAAGGGGCUUGCCUUCUUGUGCCUUGUUAUCAGACUGAGAUAAAAGACAGAUAGGCAUUCGUUGGGCAUAGUGACACUUUCCUUCUCAUCUCAGGCAGAGGAACAGCUUAUAUUACUGAUCUCCAGGAGAUAGCAGGUAGUAGUUAUAAUAGCUAUCACAUUUCCAUUAGGGUUAAAUUUAUCCUCCAUAUGCCUGCCUAAUCUCAUUUUGAAGUCACCAAAUCAGUGACCAUUAUUGCCACGACUUACAGAAUUGUUGCUUUUAGUGUUAAGUCAUUUCUGGCAUAUGGCAAUCCCAGAGCAAUCCUAUCAUUGGGUUUUCUUGGCAAAAUUUGCCCAGAAGAAGUUUGCUGUUGCCUUGCUCUGUGGCUGAGAGAGAGGGUGAGUUGACCAAAGUUACCCAGUAGGAGGUACCAGAUACUAUCCGAUCUUGGAAGCUAAACAAGGCCAGUUCUGGUUAGUACUAGGAUAGGAAACCUACAAUGAAUACCAGGUGCUGUAAGCUUUUCUUCAAAGGAAGAAUCUGGCAAAACCACCUCUAAACAUCACUUGCCUAAUGAAACCUCCAUUGGUUUGUCAUCACUCUAUAGGUAAUUUGAAGAGGGACACACACAUACUGCAUAGCUGAAUUAUGUGAAUUGAAGUAUGUUUGUUUUCCUGGCCAUUGAAGCAAAAGAUAUUCCCUAUUCAGGUGCUUUGGUCACUGGCAGAGAUCUUGAAAUUGAGCUUGAUAGUCCUGGAAUUCAUCCCAGGGACCAGCUAUUUCAUUUCAUAAGCAUUUAUUUGACCUGGCACACAAAUUAUUUGUAUUCUGGUAUGUGUACCUGAGUACAAAAGCAAAAUGAAAAUCUGUGCUGAAUUUCUACUGCAGAUAUCGCACUAUUACUCUGAGAAGUGCUAGCCACAUUAUGAAUCAAUAAGCUCACAUCUGCUUUCAGUUUAAACUAAACAUAUUGUUUCCCAGUUCCUCAAUUCCCCAAACAGUAAAAAAAAAUUGACAGAUAGCAGCCUUGGGAUCAGUUUCUCUGAAAAGAGAGACCGCUGGAGAUUUAUCAAUUGUUUUUUGUUUUAGUUUUUAUAUUAUAAAUUUAUUUUAAAAUAUACAAAUGGACUCAGAAAAAGUCCACACUAACACAGUCAGCACAAACUUUUAAACUGCACCAGUUUCCCAAAAGUGAACACUGAAGCCAGUUACAUUGAGAGUGGGGGAGAGAAGAAGAAAACGGCAAUGUGCUUCCACUUCCUGCAGUCCAGUGUUCAUGCCCCAAGCAAGUAAGGUGUGUCAUUUAGCUAUUAAACAGCCCUGAAAAGUGAUAGAAGGAACAUCUUGCAGUCAUUACUGACUACAGAGAAAAUAUAUUUAGCAGCCAGCUAAAUAAAGACUAAGGAAAAGAUAAUUUCCUCAUUCAAUAGGCAUAAAAAUUACAGCUGCACCAGUCUUUCAUUUUGACUAUUCCCUUUGAAAUUAGCACAUUCGAUGCAGCUGAAGAACACACUGGGGGGAAAACCCUUCCUCUUCUCAAACCUAUGUGUAGAUUUUCUAUUUGUUUUUUCAGUGUUGUAGUAUUUCCUUGGCUCUUGCUUCCUUCUGUUCUGCCCUCACUAUCUUUGGCUUGAAAUUCCCAUACAGUUAUUAGUUCUGUUGGUUGUAGAUACUUGUUUUAUGUGUGUCCAAGAUCUCAUAAUGUUGCAUCUCAGUGAGGGCAAAAACAAAAAUGGCACUGAGAAGAAUAGUAAAAACAAUACCAAUAUGCUGAAUGACACUGAACCAUAGCAACUGCUUUUCAAGAUUUUUGGAAACAAACAUGAGGUGAGUGACUUUAGAUUAACCCUUUUUAGUGUGAUCAACUCAUAUGCCAUAUUAUAGAAUUAAUAUCUCCCAAAAUGGUAAAGCUUCACAUUUACUGUUAUUCUUCCUAAAAUUCUAUUUCCUUCUCCAGUUAGCAAAAAAUUAUGUUACUUCUAAUUCCAUGACUCCUUUAAAGUCUUUUUCUUCUUCUUGUGUCAACUAGCUACUGAACAGCACUUUGAAGGCAAAGAUAAGUAUGAGGGAAGGGCAGUUUCUCAGCCUUUUCCCCUUAGAUUCCCUACUGAAAAGUCACAUAUACAACAACGUCUUCCCUUCAACCUGUCGUUUCAGUGGCUACAUUGCACGAAAUAAUUUUUUGAAAAAAUAAUCUCAUUUAAAGUUGUCCUGCAGCAAAUAGCACUGUUCAUCCUUGAGAACACUCCUUUUUGGAGUCCAGUGUUCCCUCACUUAUUGCGAGUGUCACAUUCCAGGACCACCCACGAAAUGUGAAAAUCCACAAAGUAGGGACUAUAUAUAUAUAUAGAGAGAGAGAGAGAGAGCAUACCGAGGGUGAGGCAGAAGCAAGGAGAGAUUUAAGGGCAUCGUGACCUUUUUUUUUUUUUUU